GGAAUCCAAUAGGAUUUUAUCGGAUCCUAUCAGAUCUUACAGAAUUAUCGUUGGAUUCCGACACUGAGGAUCCGACAUCGAUUCCUCGACCCGGAAUCCAAUAGAAUUGUAUUGGAUUGUAGGGUAUUUCCAGGUUCCUAUCGGAUCAGUCGACCUGGGCGGCUGUAUUUUAUAUGAUACACAAUCAAAAUCAACUCAUAGUGUUCGUCCAUUUGUUGAUUGACAAUUAAAAUCGUAUGGAUUAACAUUAAAUGAAUCAAUUUUCGUAGUUUCGAACAACGAAAACAAAAUGCGAGCUGCAUUUANAUAUAUUCUGAUACUCGCUUUAAUGGAGCAUUUUAUAUGUUGGAGGUAUUCCUUGAUGUUUAUGAUGAAUUAACUGGUGUUAUAAACAAUGCGUUUAUGGCAAAUUUAGCGGCAAUCGAUAAAGAAUUAUUAGAGGAAUUAUGUGCUUUCCUUAAACUUUUUGAUCAAGCUAUUGAUGAAUUAAGUGAAGAAGAAAAACCAACUAUGCACAAAGUUAUUCCUAUUCGACAGUUAUUACUUAAUCAUUGUGAUUUAAAAUAUGAAGAUAGUGGUGAACUUAAACAAUUAAAAUGUUUCGUUGCUCCGAAUGAAAAAUCUAAAGCCAUUGCAUUAGUAAGACAGGAAUUAUUAAAACGUUCAUUACCAUUAUCAAACAAUAUUACUGCUACUGAUCAUGAAGGAGUAGCUACGAAUUCAUUAAUUAUGAUUGAUAAAUCAAAACUAAUUACUUCUAAUUAUUUAUUAACUCGUUGUUUUGAUCAACUACCAUUAAUUCCAAAACCAGUUUUAACACCAACAAGUGAAUUAGAUAAUUACGUGUCAUCAGAUAUACAACUUCGUGAAAAUGAAGAUGUACUAUUGUUUUGGAAAGAAAAUACCGAAUUAUUUCCAAUAUUAUCAUCGAUGGUACGUGAUUUAUUUGCAAUACCAGCUUCAAACACAACAGUUGAAAGCGAGAAAAAAGGUAAUGAAUUGCUGUUUCUUCAAAAAAAUCUUCUUUCUUUACAACGAAUAGAUAAAGAUGCAUCAAUUAAAAACAAGGAACAAUUAAAAAGAAAAAUAUCGACAACUAAUGAUGAACAAGAUUUACUUAUUGAAGGCAAAAACAAUUCUUUAUCAUCUACAAUGACUAAACGAACAAAACAAAAUAGUGACAGUGAUUAUUCUUCGAAUGAUAUUGAUGAUCUCAUUGAUAAUAGUAUUGAAUCAGAUGAACCAUUAUUUGAACAAUAG